CAGACAGUUCGGGCAACAGUGCAAAUUGUGUUUGAAUCGUUAAAGCGAACUCAUUUCCAAUAACCAAGGAUUGAAAGCAACACAGAUUCGCCGAUAAAAUGAAAUUCCUCAGCUUGUUUUUCAUAUUUGGUCUCCUGGCUGUAAUUGCCAGCAUGGGUUCGAUGGUCGCUGGCGAACCAUUGCCAAGUCCUCGCGGACGUCCAGCAACCACCACAAAACGUCCCAAGGCCGAUAGUGAUGGUGAGGCAGGUGCAGGUGAUAGACGCUAGCUAGAAUUGACGGCCGAGCGCCGGCAAACCGUAUCCUGUACUAAGCCUCGUAAAGUAACGGAUACUAAAAUAACUGUUCAUUGUUAUGGACAGGAGAAUUUACAAACUGUUGAAAUUCUAUUUAAUUAAUUGAAUCAAUUGAAAUAAAAUAAAAUAAAAGCACAAAUGCGAGAAACCAACAAAAAUAACAACAAAAAAUGGUGAUUGUUGUAAAUCGAGUCCUUUAUUGUUUGGCUGUUUGAAAGUUAAUUAAUUUAUUGAUUAAUUGCUGUUUAAGUUCAUAUAACAAUGUAAAUGGGUGGUGGUAAGUUUAAUUGGU